CGGGGCCGGGCGGCUCCAAGCUGCGCAAGCGCAACCGUCGGUGCGUCGGGGAUCGGUAGCCUGAGAGCUCUGGAGGCCAGAAGUCUGAGAUGAAGGUGCGGGCCGGGCCACGUUCCCUCUGAAGGUCCCGAGGGAGGCUCCGUCCUGCCUCUUCCAGCUGCUGGGGGCCGGUGAGCCCUGCCUUUCUUCACGUCACCACGUCGCCUCAGCCUCUGCCUCUAUCUGCAUGUGGCCGUCUCCGUGCGGCCGUGUUUAGUCCCUGCGUUAGGGCCACCACAGCGACCUCAUCUCCACUUGCUUCUAUCUACAAAGACACAAACAAGGUCCCGUGCUCGGUCCCAGGAGGACGUGACUAGGGAAACACCGUUCAGCCCAGAACUUGGCUGCUCCGGCGGCGGCUGCUGCUUCUCCGCGCAGCUUGUUCCAUCCAAACAUUUAGAGUCACCGUGGCCGGCCUGCGGGGUAAAUGGAGGCACGGUGAGGCCGAGCCUGCCCGAGGUGGUGGCACAAGGCAGCCGGCCAGCCUGCCCUGGGGGAAGCUCACGCAGCUCGUGGCGGGACUUCCUGCUCAGCGCCGUGAAGGUCACUGCGGCCCAGGCCCCUCCAGGUUGGCCCAGGCACCCAGGAAACCUGCGUGAAAGGUCUUGUACUAAAAAAAGACGUGUCCGUAGACUGCAGCUCCAGAUUCCAGAACAGCCUCCCCGAUGUCACCAUCUGGCGCCCUUUAGAGCUUUGGCAGGAAACUGCAGGGACCACAGACAUGAGCAGAAGCAGCUGUCAAGUCCUGGGAGUAUUACCUCUUCUGGGCUCAAGAUGGACAACAGGAAGCGCCUGGCCUACGCCAUCAUCCAGUUCCUGCACGAUCAGCUCCGGCAUGGGGGCCUCUCGUCCGACGCUCAGGAGAGCUUGGAAGUCGCCAUCCAGUGCCUGGAGACUGCAUUUGGGGUGACGGUGGAAGAUCGCGAUCUCGCGCUCCCUCAGACUCUGCCAGAGAUAUUUGAAGCGGCUGCCAUGGGCAAGGAGGUGCGGCGGAACCCGAGGUGCCCUGUACCAAACCCACCUUCUAAGGAGGCCGCAGCAGAGGCAGAGCGCCUCAAAACCGAAGGAAACGAGCAGAUGAAAGUGGAGAACUUUGAAGCUGCCGUGCAUUUCUACGGAAAAGCCAUCGAGCUCGACCCAGCCAACGCCAUCUAUUUCUGCAACAGAGCCGCGGCCUACAGCAAACUCGGCAACUAUGCAGGCGCAGUGGAGGACUGUAAGCGGGCCAUCUGCCUCAACCCCAACUACAGCAAGGCCUAUGGCAGGAUGGGCCUGGCGCUCUCCAGCCUGAACAAGCACAUGGAGGCCGCGGCCUACUACGAGAAGGCCCUGGAUCUGGACCCUGACAACGAGACGUACAAGUCCAACCUCAAGAUAGAGGAGCAGAAGCUGCGGGAGGCCCCCAGCCCCACGGGAGGCGUGCGCAGCUUCGACAUCGCCGGCCUGCUGAACAACCCUCGCUUCAUGAGCAUGGCUUCAAACCUAAUGAACAACCCCCAGAUUCAGCAGCUCAUGUCCGGCAUGAUUUCGCGUGGCAACAACCCCUUGGGAACUCCCGGCACCAGCCCCUCGCAGAGCGACCUGGCUAGCCUCAUCCAGGCGGGUCAGCAGUUUGCCCAGCAGAUGCAGCAGCAGAACCCAGAUUUGAUAGAGCAGCUCAGGAGCCAGAUCCGGAGUCGGACGCCCAGCGCCAGCAACGACGACCAGCAGGAGUGACGCCGCUAGCAGCAGGAGUGACGCCGCGUGAGUGCCCGGGGCUGGGGGGCUGGGGGGGCGGCCAGCAGGAGUGACGCCGCGUGAGUGCCCGGGGCUGGGGGGGCGGCCAGCAGGAGUGGAUGCCCGGGGGCUGCAGAGCCUGUCUGGACACUGGACAGCGAGUCCUGGGUGCAUCCAGCUCAGAAGAUCGCCCUGAACCACCGAGGCAGGCGGGGGCAUCUCUGGGCAUUGGGCCCCUUUCCAGGUGGCCAGCAAGUCCUGCUGCCCGCUCCUGUUUCCCAUCUGUGGAUCGGGGCUGGGUGGAGAUGGGGGAAGCCAC